AUGCACACAUUUCCCUCACCUACUGCUUUUCUGCCUACUAAGCAGUCUGGAAGUAUGCGAUUUGGAUGAAGCCAAUGUAAAAUCGAGUAGUGUAUUCCAGCUUUAGACUUUCUGAUCACGUGAUUCGAGGCACCAUUUGAAAAGUGAAAGUAAAUUUGAUCUGCCGCCAUUUCACAAACAUGAGCGUCCGUCAUGGAAAUAUCUAUUUGUGUGUUAAUUUAUAGCUAAAAGGACAUAAUCGUUUGGUUUAAUUUAACAUUUGAUGAUGCACCGAGCACGCUGUGUUUUAUUGACAGGACUGCUGAUGAUCGCCGAAGGUUUGAUUGUAAAAGGUCCGUCUGGUCCUGUGGUUGCUCCUCUGGGAUCUUCAGUGGUUCUUCUCUGUUCUGUUGAUGAAUCUUUACCAAUAAAGGAUCUGGAGGUGGAGUGGAAGAGAACACACUCAGAGACUUUAGUUCAUCUGUAUCAGGACGGAGAGAGUCGAGCAGAAGCCCAGCAGCAGGAUUAUCAGGACAGAGCUCAUUUCUUCACUGAUCAGAUUCAACAUGGAAACUUCUCUCUCCGUCUGGAUGAUCUGAGAUCUGAAGAUGAGGGACAGUACACAUGUACAGUUCACGGUCAGCGGGAGUCUGGAGAAACUAUGGUUGAAAUAAAGGUUGAUGUUGAGCGCUUGAGAGUGUCAGGAUCGAGUCGCUCUGUAUCAGUGUCUGUGGGUGAAGACGUCACUCUGAACUGCUUUGUUGACUCUAACAUCACACUUCAAGACAUUGAAGAGGUUUCAUGGAGGAAAACAGAUGAAGAUAUUAUGGUUCUGCUCUACCAAGAGCAUACGGCUUUACCAGAGGCAUCAAACGAGCGAUACAGAGACAGGGUUGAGUUCUUCAGUGAUGAAAUCUCCAAAUUAAACUUUCUCAGACUGAAGAGCGUCAGAACUGAAGAUAAAGGAGUUUAUAUGUGUGAGGUGUUAGCUGGAGAACUUUCAGGGGAUACUACUGUAGAACUGGAGAGACUGGGUUUCUCAGCUUUACACAUACUGGUGUUGAUUCUCUGUGUUUCUGCGUCUGGGUCUGCUCUUCUGCUCGUCUGCCUCAUCUACUGCAGAUCAUCUACUAAAGAACCAGUCUUCCGUCUUCAGAUGUUUCUGGUCUUCUGUCCAAAUGUCCUGAUGUUUCUGGCGUUUGUUUUCUGGGCUGUUUCUGAAGGAUCUCUGUUUGAGUCCGUCUCUUGUUGUUCUCUUUAUUUUCUGAGACCUCUCACGCUGCUCUGGACGGCUCCGUAUGUUCAUGACUUCCCAGGCAACAUUAAAUCAUUUAUCCAAAAUUUCAGUUAUGAGGCGGAAUAUGUGUUUUUCUCAGCUGUUUUUUAUUCAGUUCUCUUUAAAUCUGCUUUGGACAAAAGUCUGAACUACUCUGGAUUUGAAGGAGUCGUGAUCAUAGUCUUCUUUGUGCUUGUUCUUCUGUUCAACCUCUUCUUUAUUAUUUUCUUGUUUUUGAGAUUGUUUGGUAAAGUAAGUGAACGGAUCUGGACUAUAUUCAAUGUUCUGGCUGUAAUCAGCUUCGAUGUCCUUCCUUCUCUACAAUUCAUCCUCCUGUUCUUCAGCUUUGGAUCCAGAGGAGGUUUCUUGAUCGUGGCAGUUUUACCAGUGUUUCUCACGGUCAGCAGAUACAACUGGGACGUUGUCUGUGGUCAAAAGAUGGGCUGUUCACCUGCGGUCAGGAGAUCCGUGUAUUUAACUCUCAUGAUCCUGAUCAAUGCUCUACUCAUCUACUUCUACAUCACAGCUCUGGAGAACCAGAACGAUGUUGUUGGAUGGAGCUGCAUGCUUGUGUUUCUUCAGUUUCUCUGGACCCUGGUCAACUUCAGGCGCUCAUUUUAUUCAUCAUUCGCUCUUCCCCGUGUGACUGUGGUGUAUGUGGUCGGAUCAGUCGGUGUAGUUUUACUCAACUCUGUUGCUCUGAUGACUGAAGUGAUCCUGAAAACAGUUAAUGGUGAAGGAUUGACGGGAGACAUGAGGAUCUCAGUCUUCUCCACCGAGUUCAUCUUCACUUUAAUUCUCCUGGUUUUAAUGGUGUUUGAACCCUGGAUCAAACCCUGUCUGGAUUCGUGUCAGAAAUCAGUGAAGUCUUGUCAAGCAGAGGCGCUGGAUCACAGAGUCAGGAAUCUGAGCAGAACCCAGCAGCGGGUUGCGAUGAAGCUCCAGCCGCUGGAUCAGACCAGAAGCAGAUCACGGCAGAAUCACACGAGAUGAAUCCUCUACUGAACGAACAAACCCAGGAGAACCACAGGAGCGACGCGGCGGAGGAGACCGAGCCGAACUCAGUGAUUACACAAACAUAACCUGCAGACGGAGACAAGCUCUUCACUGUGAUGAACACCUCAGUCUCCUUAUUCAUAUGCUGGCUUGGAUUUGUAAAUAGCUGUAGAUUCAAUUCAAUUCAAACUUUAUUUGUCCCAAUGUAUGUAUAUAGAUGUUUAAAUGCCGUAAAUUCAUGUAAUAGCUUUUAUAACUAACUCUAACUGUAAACCGGCUUCAGCCGUCCAGAUAACAUGGAGUCCUUCAGGAUCAGAGCGCUAUGAUGUUAACAUCUGUGGACUGAUGUUUGAGUCUCGAGCUCACAGUGAAGAAGCGUCUCCAAAUCAAUCA